GGAAGGCUGGGGGCGUGGUCUAUGGGGCGUGGCCGCGCAGUACGCCCCGCCCCGUCCCCGUGAGACUAGUUCUAGUAUAGGCGGCAAAGGUGCAGCCCCACGGAUCCCGCUGGGACACACGGCUCCCUGACGCUCGGACGGACGGACGGAUCCCGGAGAGCAGGCUCAUGGACCCCUUCAGCACCAAGAGCCUGGCGUUGCAGGCGCAGAAGAAGGUCCUGAGCAAGAUGCCCUGCAAGGCCGUGGUGGCCACGUUCGUGGAUGACACGAGCAGCGAGGUGCUGGACGAGCUGUACCGCGCCACCAAGGAGUUCACGCGCAGCCGGCGCGCGGCGCAGAAGCUGCUCAAGGACCUGGUGAAGGUGGCGGUGAAGGUGGCCGUGCUGCUGCGCGCCGGGCAGCUGGGCGCCGAGGAGCUGGCGCGGCUGCGGCGCUUCCGGCAGCGGGCGCGGGGCCUGGCCAUGACGGCCGUGAGCUUCCACCAGGUGGCCUUCACCUUCGACCGCCGCGUGCUGGCCGCCGGGCUGCUCGAGUGCCGCGACCUGCUGCAGCAGGCGGCCGGGCCGCACCUCACCGCCAAGUCCCACGCGCGCAUCGGCCGCGUCUUCAGCCACUUGGCCGACGGCGACUUCCUGGCCGCCCUGUACGGCCCGGCGGAGCCCUACCGCUCGCACCUGGACAGGAUCUGUGACGGGCUGGGCCGGAUGCUGGAGGACGGCACCAUCUGAGGGUGUCGCUGGGAGGGCGUGCCGGGGGCCUGUAACCUCUCCCCCUACCCCGUGCCACUCUGGAUGAGUGGCCUGACCCCCGGGAGGACCUGAUUCAGAGAUCAUCGGCACCAGCAGUUUCAAAGGCCCAUGCCGACUGUGACGUGGCGGGGCACGCUCUGGGAGGUUGAGGCAGGAGGAUCUCAAGUUGGAGCCCAGCCUGGGCAACUGAGCAACUCAGUGAGACUCUGUCUA